AUGGCCAAUACCAAGUCUGCCGUGAUGGACUCCUCGUCGGCAUCGCCCUCCGAAGUGCCUGCGCGACCCGAUACAGUGGUCGAUUCGAAGCCAACCGCAACAGGCUCCUCUUCAGCUGCCUCCGAAAACGACCAGCCAAAGCCAGAGGAGGUGGUAUUCAAGGGUCCCAUGAUCGACCUCGUUAUCAGGAUCCGCGAUCUUGCCCACCGGAAUCCCAACGACGCGCUCGCCAUCAGCGGCCUGGAGUCUCUGGCCCGUGGAAUUCAGUCCCUUCAAGAUGAAGCUGACAGGUGCGAGAAGAAGCCGAACUCCGACUCUCCGCUUUCGAGCCGGGAUGGAACGAACUAA